AUGCGAAUCCGACGACCGCUAUCCCCGUCGACAUCGACAAUCCUUACCCUCCUCACAUUCCUCACCACCGUCCUCUGCUCCCCGCACUCGAGCCCUGCAAAUACCCCCCGCGCAUCCAAGCCCUUCCUCCUGCGCAUCCUGCCACUCGGCGCUUCAAUCACUGUCGGAUACCAGUCCAGCGACGGCAAUGGGUACCGCAAGUUCCUGCGCGAGCAGCUGCGGUUCGCGGGGUGGGAGGUCGACAUGGUCGGGAGUCUGGCGAACGGGACGAUGAAGGAUAAUCAAAACGAAGGCCACUUUGGCAAAACAAUCGACCAGGUCGCCAACGCAGCGGUCGAUUCCGCUCCUCUACAGCCGAAUGUGAUCUUAAUCAAUGUCGGCACAAACGACGGAAUCCAAAACGUGCACAUCACCGGCGCAGGCGAGCGCAUCGACACCCUCAUCGACGACCUCCUCGCCCGGAUCCCCAACACGACCAUCAUCCUCUCCACGCUCAUCCCGAAUACACAAAUCCAGCGGGUCGUCGAGCGCCUGAGCGGGGAAUACCGCAGCGUCGCGGCGCGGCGGCGCGCGCAGGGCGACCGUGUCAUCCUCGCUGAGAUGAGCUACUUUGUCUCCUCGAAUAAGCUGGUUGAUGGCACGCAUCCGGAUGACGAGGGGUAUAAGGAGAUGGCGGCGGUGUGGUGGGAUGCGAUUAAGACGGCGGAGGAGGAGGGGAUGCUGGCGAGGCCGAACAAGAUGGCUGUCACGGCGGUUGCGGCUGUUCAGGACGGGAAUGGGACGGGUGAAGGCAAUGAGGGGAAAGGACUGGAUGAUGGGCCGGUUGAGGAUCCCAAGCUGCCGUAUUAUAUUGCGCCGCCGCAGCCGGGGGAGACCAGUUCCUCAACUGCGCUUGGGGUUGGUUAUUUGUGGCUGUUGCUGGUGGUUGGUUUUCUUUAUAUAAAUUGA